UCAUAAGAGCGCAAGAUGGCGGGGUUGUCAGCAGACGCCAAAAUAGUUUUCAUUUUGCUCUUCGCUGCGGUAAAGAUUCUCGCAAUCGCAGCGCAGACAACGGCUUCCGUGGAAACCACACCAAACCAGCAAGGCACAAGUAACCCAGCAACAACAGCAACCACUCCUGUUCAACCUCAGACCACCCAAAAUGCCGAAACAACACAGCCUCAGCAACAAACAACAAACCUUCCUACAGCUUCACCUUCUACAGAAGUGCCUGCGAAUACAGAUAUUGGGACGUGCAUCUGUGAUUUGACUGGUAAUCGCUGUGAUGUGAAUUGCUGUUGUGAUCCUGAUUGUUCAUCAGCAGAUGUUGCCACCUUCAGCCAGUGCUCUGAGAACGCUUAUGUUGUUGAAGACAAAGUUUGUUUAAGAAGCUCGGUCAUCUUCAAUAAUAAUGCUGAACCAGAGACGGUGGAUGUGACAGAUCCAAGUCUGUUCUGCAUCACCAGAGAUAACUAUGCAGAAAGAAAUUUUUACACUGUUCCUCAGACGGUUGAGACAGUUGAGCGGUUCUACGAGCUGAGUGACCAGUAUGGAUCUACAUCCUAUGCCAAGCCAUCGGAGGACACCAAUGCUACGUACAGUGAUUUCUAUAAGUCUGGAGAUGUAGUCUACACGCUGUAUGAAUCACUAGCCCUAGGCCAACUUGGGCUACCACGAGGGCUAACAUCCGAUGUGUGUGAAGACAGUAACCCUGCAGCCUACUUGUUUAAUCAGGAAGUGACCUGCACUCGUGCGCUCACCAGUCUUCAGACAGAUUGUGAACAGCAACCAUUCUUAUCUGCUAGGACCUACUAUGAAGGCUUCAAAGUCAUUGGUACCCCACAAUUCUUACAAGACAACCCCCUCCCCAGCCCUAUUCUGGUCAACCUAACAACCUCCAUGCCUGAGGCCACUACCACCACUCCGAUGACCACACCCACUGCCACCACCCCGACCCCUGACCCCGGCGCCGCCACGUUGGAUCCCAACGCGACAGUCAUCGACGAGUUCACAACCCUUGUCCCCGUGACGGAGCUCCCUGGAUACUCGUUCUACGAUGAAGCAGGUUUGGUGAAUAUUUCCAUUCGGUUACCGGUCCUGUGUCGGAUCGUCUUUGGUUUCGUGGUGGACUGCAACUACACGACGGAGGAAGUUCCGUUUCCGGUGUAUAAUGCGUCCAGCGGAACGUGCCAAGACGUAGUUCUUGAGGUCAAAUACAUCAUUACCCAUAAUUCAACCGAUGGCAUAGAGGAAGUAGAGGUCGAGCUGCUACUGGGGUCAUUGACCUCAACUGACCUUUAUCCCUCCCAGACCUUUUCUACAGAGUUUAUCAAGCGUGAUGAGGUGGAUGUCUACCCCCGUAGCGGCAAUCCUGGCUAUGUGAUUGGUCAACCCUUGAUGGCCGGGAACCUAGUAGAAGAGACACAACCGGACGAGAGUAUCAAGCAGGCUAUAUCUGUAGGAGCUGAUCCCGAUAGCUGGCUUACGGUCGUUCGGAGCUCCGGCGACGGAACGUGCGUGAAUGACUCCGAUUCUCGCUUACCUAUCACGUUUGGAGAGAAUUUACGCAGCGGUUGCACUAUCCAAGUUUCAUACGAGAGUGUCUCGGACGUCUGCGGCCUGAUCCAGGCCACAGCGCUAAACGCUCUCAAUGGUAACCAUCCGAGCCACGUCGCCACCUUCGGGAGCUCACUGCCAGAAGUCGUGGGGGAUUGGGUGGAGAUCUUUGAGGACCCAAUUUCUAGCAACCCGGUGAGCAACGAGCAGGGCGUAUGUAACAAUAUGUACAUGGCUCUCCAUGUAGAAGUGCUCUAUGCCAACGUGGGAGCCUUAGCUAACCCACAAGCUAAGAUCAUCGGAGUCAGAUAUAAUUAUCCUGAUGCAUCGGGACAGACUCUCAGAUAUCAGUGCAUAGGCCCCUACUGCCAGCAAGGAGCCGAGUCUCUCGUUCAGAAUUUUGAAGUGUCCGUCUCGGUGGAGUUCAUCGACGCAUCGACCAAUCCGACUGCUUCCUGGGCCGAGAAACCAGCCGUCGAGUCCAAAUUGCCAAAUGACUUCUUUUAUCCUUUCUCUGGGACUUCAAAAGCAGGAAAACAGUCUUUCAAUAUUAUCGUCCAUGUGGUGGUAUUAUUAGUGUCCGUUCUAGCAACAUUAUGAUAGUAGGAUUGGAUUUGUAUGUGUGCAAUGUAGAUGCUUCCUGGGCCCCUUUUCACAAGACUUGUCAUCAGUGGCAAAUGACAGUUUUUGUUAUAAGCUAGUGAGAUCCUUGCUUCUGAUUGGUUAUCAGCAGAUUUGUCACUGAUUUUUGUCAUUUGUCAUUGAAAAAAGGCUUUGUGAAACAAGUCCCAGGUGUUUUGUUGUUUUUUUCAAAAUAAAAUAUUAGUGCUGGUUUUUCGCUAUGCUCGUGGUAAAAGUUUAAAACAGGGAGGACCAAUGAUAUGAGAGAUAUGAAUAUUUGAAAUAUGAGAUCACUAAAUCUCAAAUUUGCAUUUUGGUCAGUGGAUUUCCACGUAGUCACGGACAACUCUCCCAUUGCUGUGUACUAAAAUAUCAGUAAUUUCUGGGGGUUUUCAAAGUGCCUUCUACUUUCUCUAAAAAUUAUUACAUUUUAGUUAUUUUGUAUAUUUGAAGAAAUAGGAAAAUUGUCCUGCACUCUGUCCUAUUGAUGUUACCGAUUCAGCAAAUUUAAAGUGCCCAUACAUAUACUGGUAGUGAUCACAACUUUCAAAAUUCAUAAUUUUUGUAUUAUUUACUGAUUUGAUUUCAUUAAAACUUUCACCAGUCUUUUGCUCAAAUCAAAUUUCAACCAAAGUAUGGAAUUCCUAAUGAUGUUCAUGCCAGAGAGAGCUACAUGUAUGCAAAGUGUUAGUGACUGCUUUGGAAAUUCACAUUAAUUUAAUUAUUUACUUGCCAUCAACUAGAUCAUUGCCCUUAUAUUAUUCUUUAUAUUUCAAGAAUGCUAGAAUGUAUUCACACAGGUGACAUUUAAAUUGCCAUUACAACUUCAUUAUUUAACUCUUCAUCUGAACUCUAUUUUGUAUUAAUCACUGCUUGCUAUAGAAGUUUAAAUUCAAUCUUAAAGAUAAAGUUGAGUUCUGGUCAUGCGAUUGCAUUGUGAAAUAAACGGUGUGGAAUCGAUCAGAAAAAAGUUGAUCAU